AAGCGGGUGCUAAAACAGUUUGUACUAAAAAACGUCCGACAUUCAGCGUAAGAUAUUAUUUUGAUUCGAUUUGAUUUUGGUAUGCAAUGAAAAAAACGUAAAAAUAAUUCGAUUCUGUUGAUAAUUACACAAUCGUUCGUACCAUCCAGUUUGAUUGACUUUUGGCUUGAAUUGGCAAAUUGUGCCUCGUUAUUGAAAUGGUGCAUACGAAAAGUAACGCGGAAUCAGAUUCUGAGUCAGGAUCCAGUCGCAGUGCAAGUCCCUUUCCUCAAACUGCUCCAACACCAGGACAUUCGCUUGAACAACAUUCAAGUAGAUCGAAUUCACCGGUAAAUCGAAGCGAUCAAUCACGUUCACCUUCACCAACUGGAUCCGGGGCUGAAUCGCCACGAUCCAGAAGUGCAUCACGUUCCGGAUCUAAUUCACCAGCUGGUUCGGCCAAAUCACAUUCACGCACUCCAUCCCAUUCACCCAGCAAUUCGCCACGAUCUCAGGGAUCGCGUUCACGGAGUGGGUCACCUAACUCACAACAGCAAGAACAUCGGUCACGAUCCCAAUCAGUAGCUUCCAAUCAACAACGCCGAUCCCAUUCCAGAUCAUCACGUAGCCCUUCGGUUGCGUCAAAUCCGAGUCAAAAGUCUCGCUCUAGAUCUGCUUCACCAGGGAGUCCCCAUUCUCGGAAAAGUGGCAGUGGUUCUCGAAGGAGUCGAAGUGGCUCUCGAAGGAGUCGAAGUGGCUCUCGUAGAAGUCGAAGUGGCUCUCGAAGAAGUCAAAGUGGUUCAGGAAGAAGUCGGAGCGGUUCGCCAAGAAGUCGCAGUGGUUCGCGUAGUCACAGUGGUUCGCGAAGUCGUAGUGGAUCUCGUAGUCGAAGCGGUUCCAGAAGAAGUGGCAGCAGAUCACCAGAUACACAGCACACCGCCAAACGAUCACGUAAUGUGUUGAGCGACUCUGGUAACGAAGCGGAACCCAAUGCUACAAAGAAAAAGAAAUCUGCACUCAUUGAUACGGAUAGUGAAGAAGAUGAGACGCAGAAAGAGUCCGUCAACAUGAGUGCUGAUGCACUGUUCGGUGAUGCUGACGAUAUUAGCACAGACGAAGAUGAAGAAAAAUCGAGAAAGGGAAGUGAUAAAGACGAAGACCAGCGAAAAGUCGAAAGUGACCGAGAAAGUAAUAGAGACUCGGACCGUCGCCGCAGUUCCGACAGUGAAGCUGACGAACGGAAUGAACAAAAGGAAGAUGAAGAACCGGAACCAGAACCCGAAGUAAUUCCGGAGCGACGCAUCGAUGUUGAAAUUCCUAAAAUCACUGCCGACCUUGGUAGAGAUAUCCAUUUCGUUAAACUACCGAAUUUCUUGUCUGUAGACACCAGACCAUUUGACAAAGAAACAUAUGAGGAUGAAAUCGACGAAGAAGAAACACUGGAUGAGGAAGGUCGUCAGCGCAUUAAAUUGAAAGUUAGUAACACUAUUCGAUGGCGAGAAUACAUGGACGAUAACGGAGAUAUGGUCAAAGAGUCCAACGCUCGAAUGGUCAAGUGGUCUGAUGGUAGCAUGAGUCUGCACUUGGGUAAUGAAAUAUUCGAUGUGUACAAGCAACCACUGCAAGGCGAUCACAACCAUUUGUUCAUUCGUCAAGGAACCGGUCUUCAAGGACAAGCAGUAUUCAGAACUAAAUUAACAUAUCGACCACACUCAACCGAGUCAUUUACACACAAGAAGAUGACGAUGUCAUUGGCUGAUAGAUCGCAGAAGAAACACGGUGUGAAAAUACUCACCCAAGUGGGCUACGAUCCAGACACGGAUCGAAUGUUGAAUUUGAAAAAGGAGGAAGAGAAGCUUAGACAAGCAAUACGAGCUAAGAGCAGUGUCGUCAAGCCGAAACGGAAUAGAGAAACUGUUGCUGGUACAAGUUCAUCUUAUCGCGAGGAUGGAGAACAUGAUUCGGACGAUGAAGGAGCUAUAUCGAUUGCGGCUAUUAAGAACAAGUAUAAAAAGAACGGAUCAAGCGCACCCAAACCAGGUGCAGCCAUUUAUUCAUCGGAUGACGAUGAUUCGGAUUUGGAUACACGAAAAUCAAAGAAAGUCGACAAGAGUAAAGUAUCGAAAGCACUUCGGGACUCCGACGAUGAUGAUGAUGACACCGCUCAUUCUGCCAGUGGAUCGGACGUGGAACGUGAUACAGGACGUAGAAGUGUAAGAGAAAAGUCGCUACCACGAGGAAACCAAAUCGAAAGUGAUGCCGAUGAUUGAUUGAUUUCAUGUUCAGUUGCCAGUUCAAAUAAAAAACUCGUUUUUCAA